AUGACCAUAACCAAAUUGGAUUCCUAUUCCCAUUCUGUUCAUAUCAUUCUAUCCCAUUCUAUUCCAAUCUAUCUAUCUCUACCUAUUCUAUUCUGUUCCGAUCUAUCUAUCUAUCUAUCUAUCUAUCUAUCUAUCUAUCUAUCUAUCUAUCUAUCCUAUUCUGUUCAUAUUUAUCUAUCUAUCUAUCUAUCUAUCUAUCUAUCUAUCCUAUUUUGUUCAUAUCUAUCUAUCUAUCCUAUUCUGUUCAUAUCUAUCUAUCUAUCUAUCUAUCUAUCUAUCUAUCUAUCUAUCUAUCUAUCCUAUUCUGUUCAUAUCUAUCCUAUUCUGUUCAUAUCUAUCUAUCUAUAUAUCUAUCUAUCUAUCCUAUUCUGUUCAUAUCUAUCUAUCCUAUUCUGUUCAUAUCUAUCUAUCUAUCUAUCUAUCUAUCCUAUUCUGUUCAUAUCUAUCUAUCUAUCUAUCUAUCUAUCUAUCUAUCUAUCCAUCUAUCUAUCCUAUUCUGUUCAUAUCUAUCUAUCUAUCUAUCUAUCUAUCUAUCCUAUUUUGUUCAUAUCUAUCUAUCUAUCCUAUUCUGUUCAUAUCUAUCUAUCUAUCUAUCCUAUUUUGUUCAUAUCUAUCUAUCCUAUUCUGUUCAUAUCUAUCUAUCCUAUUCUGUUCAUAUCUAUCUAUCUAUCUAUCUAUCCUAUUCUGUUCAUAUCUAUCUAUCUAUCUAUCUAUCUAUCUAUCUAUCUAUCCUAUUUUGUUCAUAUCUAUCUAUCUAUCCUAUUCUGUUCAUAUCUAUCUAUCUAUCUAUCUAUCUAUCCUAUUCUGUUCAUAUCUAUCUAUCUAUCUAUCCUAUUUUGUUCAUAUCUAUCUAUCCUAUUCUGUUCAUAUCUAUCUAUAUAUCUAUCUAUCUAUCCUAUUUUGUUCAUAUCUAUCUAUCCUAUUCUGUUCAUAUCUAUCUAUCUAUCUAUCUAUCUAUCUAUCUAUCUAUCUAUCUAUCCUAUUCUGUUCAUAUCUAUCUAUCUAUCCUAUUUUGUUCAUAUCUAUCUAUCCUUUUCUGUUGAUAUCUAUCUAUCUAUCUAUCUAUCUAUCUAUCUAUCAUACUCGUUUGCGGGAUUACCCAAAUGUAGACACGUUCGUAUUACUUCAAGCAAAUCUUAUUUUUUUUAG